AUGGAGGCCCACCAACACUCCCCAGAUAGCAGCAGUGAGGAGUGCACCGUCCUGGAGGCUCCGCCCGGCAAAAACGCCUGCCUGCAACAUGCAGGGAAGGUGGCAGACCUGUACUGUUCAGCCUGCGAGUGUGCGCUGUGCGAGGACUGUGUGUCGGACCACGAGGACCACCCUAAGGUGGCCCUCAGCCAGGCCCUGGAGCAGCACCGCAGCAGCCUGCAGGAGAGGCUGGGAAGUGUCCAGAACAGACUCCCUCAGAUUUCAGACGCCCUCUCCUUCAUUAAGGAGAUCCUCCAACAGCUGACCAAUCAGAGAGCUUCCAUCGAAGAGGACAUCCAGUCCAGCUUUGAGGAUCUGCACAAGCAGCUCGAUGUCCGGAAGAGUGUCCUGCUGAUGGAGCUGGAGGUCACAUAUGGACUCAAACAGAAGGUCCUCCAGGCCCAGGUGGACAGCCUCGUCCGGGGAGAGGGGGACAUCAUGGCCUCCUGUACCCAGUCAGAGGAGGCUCUGGCUGGGGAGGCGUGCGUGGCGAGCCUGCAGGCGGAGCGGGAGCUGCGUGAGAGGCUGGGGGAUUUAGCCGGUCUUGGCCUGCCGUGUCAGCCGGAGGAGAACGACCAGCUGGAUCUGGUGAUGGAGACGGACGGGCUGAGGAAGUCUAUACACAACCUGGGGACCAUCGUCACAACCAGCGCGGUGGCGAGCCAGAGCGAGGCAAUGGGCGCGGGCCUGGAGCAGUGCAUUGUGGGACAUCCUGCCUCGGUUACCAUAGUGACGAGAGACAAGUCAGGGGGAGCCUGCAAGAGUGGCAAUGCAAUCCUGUCAGCUGAGGUAUUCACCCCAGAUGGCAGCAUAGUGGACGGUGAAAUAGUCGACCACAAGAAUGGGACUUACGAGUUUGUGUACAUAGUGCCGAAGGAGGGCGACUUCUCAUUGGCUCUCCGUCUGUACGACCAGCACAUCAAAGGAAGCCCCUUCAAACUGACUGUCAACAGGGUCUUAGAGACAGAAGGUGCAAAGAGACGUGGGAAGUCCCCCGGCCAGAAGAAGAAGGGCUCCAAGAGAGCCAGCAGCGCCCUGGGCACCCCGCGGCGCAAAACCCAGAACCCCAUUGAGGAUGACCUCAUCUUCAGAAUCGGUACGAAGGGGAGGAAUAAAGGUGAGUUCACCAACCUUCAAGGAGUGGCUGCUUCCUCCAGCGGCAGGAUUCUGAUUGCUGACAGCAAUAAUCAGUGUGUCCAGAUCUUCUCCAACGAGGGAGAAUUCAAGAGUCGCUUUGGGGUGCGUGGAAGGUCACCAGGACAACUGCAGCGUCCCACAGGCGUGGCCGUACACCCCAGCGGUGACAUCAUCAUUGCCGACUAUGAUAACAAGUGGGUCAGCAUCUUCUCCUGCGAGGGCAAGUUCAAGGCGAAGCUUGGCUCUGGUAGACUCAUGGGACCGAAGGGAGUGUCCGUGGACCAGAACGGCCAUGUGAUCGUGGUUGACAACAAGGCAUGCACUGUCUUCAUCUUCCAGCUGACCGGCAAGCUCAUCACCAAGUUUGGUAGUCGAGGCAACGGUGACAAGCAAUUUGCAGGUCCGCAUUUUGCAGCAGUAAACAAGAACAAUGAGAUCAUUGUGACCGACUUCCAUAACCACUCUGUCAAGGUUUUCACCCCAGAGGGAGACCUGGUGUUGAAAUUUGGCUCUAAUGGUGAGGGUAACGGGCAGUUUAACGCUCCCACUGGAGUAGCUGUGGACAUUAAUGGGAACAUCAUCGUCGCUGACUGGGGCAACAGCAGAAUACAGGUGUUUGACGGCAGCGGCUCCUUCCUCUCCUACAUCAACACAUCAGCAGACCCUCUGUACGGACCCCAAGGUCUGGCUCUGACCUCAGACGGACAUGUGGUGGUGGCUGACUCUGGCAACCACUGCUUCAAAGUCUACCGCUACCUACAAUGA